AUCUAUAUUGCGCAAUUUUGAAUUACGAAAUACGAAUUGCUCGCGUUCGAAAUUCAAAUUAAACUUAAAUAUGUUGCAUUUGUUUUUAUUCAAAUUUGAACUGUAGCGUCUUUUCAAUACAGAUACGUUUGUAAUAAUAAGAUUUUUGAGUGUUUUGAAGUGUUGAUAGAGAAGGACAGUCGUUUUGAGUUGGUGUUAGAGCGAGAGGCAAUAGUUAUUGACGGUUCAACAGGUGACCCAGACAACGACCCUGGACAUGAUUUUAUACGACUUACAGAUAGAAGCGGGCGCCGGCGAGGGCCCCGGGCCCCCUUCGAACAACAACACAGAGGCCGUUGCUUCUCCCCCUAGAGACGACAACCACAAUGCUGCCCCUACGCCCCGAGCGAGGCCCCUCACACCAUCAGACGCCCUCAAAAUGUACGGCGACCGGCUCUCAGAAUGGGAGCGGACGGAGGUCCGCAAGUACCCCGAGGUCUGGUUCCUUGGUUUGGAAGCCAGUAAGAUUCAGGCCAAGUCCAGUCUGCCUAAUAACUGCGGGUUUGAUGACGAGAACGGGAGCUAUAAUAAGCAAAUCCACGACCACGUGGCGUACCGCUAUGAAAUCCUGGAGGUGAUCGGCAAGGGGUCGUUCGGGCAAGUGAUCCGCGCUCUCGACCACCGGACAGGGGGGCAGGUCGCCAUCAAGAUCAUACGGAACAAGAAAAGGUUCCACCACCAGGCCCUAGUGGAAGUGAGGGUGCUGGACCACUUGAGGUUGAAAGACAAGGACCAGGCGCACAACGUCAUACACAUGCUGGACUACUUCUACUUUAGGAACCACUUGUGCAUCAGUUUUGAGCUGAUGAGCAUCAACCUGUACGAGCUGAUAAAGAAGAACAACUACCAAGGCUUCAGCUUGAGCCUGAUCCGACGGUUCGCGAGUUCGUUGCUGAGGUGUUUAAGGCUGCUGGAAGCGGAGAACAUCAUACAUUGCGAUCUGAAACCGGAAAACAUCCUUCUAAAAGCGCGAGGCAGCUCGUCCAUCAAAGUGAUAGACUUCGGCAGCUCGUGUUAUACGCAUGCGCGCGUGUACACGUACAUACAGUCGCGGUUCUAUCGCAGCCCCGAAGUGAUACUAGGGUUACAGUACGGCGCGGCUAUUGAUAUGUGGAGCAUGGGCUGCAUCUUAGCGGAGCUGCAUACUGGCUAUCCCCUAUUCCCUGGAGAGAAUGAGGCGGAGCAGCUUGCCUGCAUCAUGGAACUCCUGGGCCCUCCACCUCCAGACCUACUCAUUCACGCCACCAGGAAACGACUGUUCUUUGACUCUAAAGGCGCGCCGCGCUCGGUGACGAACUCUAAGGGGCGUAAGCGGCGGCCCGGCUCGCGCACGCUGGCGGCCGCGGUGAGGACGGACGACCCGGCCUUCUUACACUUUCUGCAUCGGUGCCUUGAAUGGGACCCAAAGCGCCGCAUCACCCCAAACGAAGCGUCCCGGCACGAGUUCGUUACCGGCUGCCCCCUCGGCUCCACCCCCACGGGCGUGCUCGCGCUCCCGCGCCUCGCGCCGCCGCGGCCUGCGCGCGCGCUGCUCCACAGCCAGUCGGCGGGCGACGUGGCCGCCAUGCUGGGGCGCGCGUGACCGGACGCCGAGCUCGUCGUCAGCCAGAGCCAUACGCAGCUCGAUCAAGGCGUCACUCAGGUGGUAAAUCUAUAGUUAGUCUUGAGAAUUGGAUGGGAUUGUUUCUAAACGUUAGGAAGAGAUUGAUUUGAUAUAUGCGAAGCUUGAGGUGGACUCUCGAGCGGUGGCGACCAGCGCAGCGACCAUUUUAAAGUGUAAUCCGUACAGUGUCAGUAUCCGUUACAGGACCCUUUCUGCGGAGAGGGACAGAGAACGGUGUAUCGUUUAUCAUUUAUUUAUUGUAUUGUGUAUAUUAUUUUCCUGUCCCUCUUAGUAGAAAGAUCCAUCCAGCAUACCAGAUGUAACAUAGGUAUGCCCUUUAAAAAUAGGUAUGCGAAGAGGCCAGUGGGCCAGCCUCAGUGAACGCUGCUCAUAUCCCUUGGACGCUCGCCGCUGAGCCCGUACACUAAGUGCUUCCGCUGCCUUGCGCGGGUGCACGGAGCGGGUACACAUGCACAUCCGCGGCGACCGCGGGUACCAUCGCGGGUAAAAUCCGUCGUACGCGUCCGCGCCAGUUAGCGUUGCUCAUACUGUUUUUUAUUAGGCGUUCACCCGCUCAAAGGACCUAUAAUUCUAGUCGAUUUCUCGACAUACUGCGUGAUGUAAUGAACCUUUAUUAAAUAAAACUAUAUCGUAGAAUACGUAAUUUUGGCCUCUACCAAAAUUGUGAAUGAAAAAUGAUUUCUAAAACUAAAUUUUUAGGAACAACAUACUCAUUGACCUAAUCAAUGUAUGAAUGUUAUUAGUACACUCAAUACUUUAAGUAUAAUACUUGAGUGUAGGUACUGAGUUGAUCUGAUUAUCAAAAUUAGCGUAGAUGCUGUAAGGUCAAUGAAGCCAAAUCCGUCUGCGGAAAAUUCCGUACAAGAGCUUUUUUUAAUGUUUAACGUAACGUUAUAGCCUCAAAGAUCCAAAGUAUAAA